AUGCCUACCAUACUGCCACCCUGGCCGCAUCUCCUGUUUGGUGUGCUGGAACCGAUAUCCUUGGUCCUGGGAAGUCUCGCUCCCCUGGUGGAUGUAGAGAGCUUCAUCUCGGGCCAAACGUUUCAGGCGACACCGCCCGUCGCACACCCCAGCAGUGUCUCACUGGCAUACCAGGUGGGCAACCUCUACUCCCUCCUGUGUCUGGUUGGGGUGGCUGUGUUGCACACCACCACCGAGCCCCAGGUGGUGCGAAACUAUUUGAUCGCUUUAGCCAUUGCCGAUGUUGGCCAUGUCUGUGCCACGUACAUGGGACUGGGCUGGGCUGCAUUCGUAGACUAUUCUGCUUGGAAUGCUUUGACAUGGGGUAACAUCGGUGCGACCGCUUUUCUUUUCGUCAACCGGUUGGCCUACUUUACGGGAAUCUUUGGGACUGCAAAAGUGCCCAAGGCCGAAGGCAAGCAGGAGUGA